UUACUUUUACUAACCAACUGCAAAUGUUUUCCUGAAAGAGAAAUCUAUUAAAUAUAAUCUACACAUCAUUCAAUACUAAAUAUACAUCUUAAUACACAUGUAAACCAAAUUGUGUCCUUUUAUUAAUUUGAUUGCUAAUGUUGUUUUUAAUGUCAUACAUUUUAAGUCCAUUAACUCUGACUCCCUUAGCAGUGUGCUGACUACUGAACUAGAGCUGAUUAUUUCUGUUAAUUAUUCUCAUCUUAAUCACAGAUAAACUGAGGUCCAUGUGACACUUUUAUAAAGAUGGAGUUUAUUAAAGAGGAGACAGAAGACGUGAAGAUUGAAAACACAUUCAGAGUCAAACAUGAAGAGACUGAGGAACAAACAGACCUGAUGGCACUGAAAGAGGAGAGUCAAGGACUGAAUGAAACCGAAGAGAAAGAACAAAAUGAGAAACAUCAUGAUUUCAAAACUGAAGAAAAAUCAAUUAGUUGUUCACAGACUGAAAAGACUCAGAAAAUACAAACUAAAACCCUUAAUUCCAACAUAAUUCAUAUUGGAGAGAAACCUUACACCUGCAAAAUGUGUGGAAAGUGUUUUACACAGAAAUAUCACCUUAAUGUCCACAUGAGAAUUCACACUGGAGAGAAACCUUACACCUGCAAAAUGUGUGGAAAGUGUUUUACACGGAAAGAUCACCUUAAUGUCCACAUGAAUAUUCACACUGGAGAGAAACCUUACACCUGCAAAAUGUGUGGAAAGUAUUUUACACGGAAAGAUCACCUUAAUGUCCACAAGAGAAUUCACACUGGAGAGAAACCUUACACCUGCAAAAUGUGUGCAAAGUGUUUUACUCUGAAAAGUCAGCUUAAUGUCCACAAGAGAAUUCACAGUGAAGAGAAACCAUUCAUAUGCCCUCAGUGUGGAAAGAGAUUUAAACAGAUAAAUGGCCUUAAUGUCCACAUGAGUAUUCACACUGGAGAGAAACCUUACACCUGCAAAUUGUGUGGAAAGUGUUUUACUCUGAAAAGUCAGCUUAAUGUCCACAAGAGAAUUCACAGUGAAGAGAAACCAUUCAUAUGCCCUCAGUGUGGAAAGAGAUUUAAACAGAAAAAUACCCUUAAUGUCCACAUGAGAAUUCACACUGGAGAGAAACCUUACACCUGCAAAUUGUGUGGAAAGUGUUUUACACAUAAAAAUAACCUAAAUGUCCACAUGAAUAUUCACACGGGAAAGAAACCUUACACCUGUGAGCUGUGUGGAAAGUGUUUUACACGAAAAGAGCACCUUAAUGUCCACAAGAGAAUUCACACUGGAGAGAAACCUCACACCUGUGAGCUGUGUGAGAAGAGUUUCACACGAAAGGAAGAUCUUGAGAUUCACAUGAGAAUUCACAGUGAAGAGAAACCAUUCAUAUGCCCUCAGUGUGGAAAGAGAUUUAAACAGAAAAAUACCCUUAAUGUCCACAUGAGAAUUCACACUGGAGAGAAACCUUACACCUGCAAAGUGUGUGGAAAGUGUUUUACACAUAAAAAUAGCCUUAAUGGCCACAUGAGAAUUCACACUGGUGAGAAACCUUACACCUGUGAGCUGUGUGGAAAGUGUUUUACACAUAAAAAUCGCCUUAAUGUCCACAAGAGAAUUCACACUGGAGAGAAACCUCACACCUGUGAGCUGUGUGAGAAGAGUUUCACACGAAAGGAAGAUCUUGAGAUUCACAUGAGAAUUCACAGUGAAGAGAAACCAUUCAUAUGCCCUCAGUGUGGAAAGAGAUUUAAACAGAAAAAUACCCUUAAUGUCCACAUGAGAAUUCACACUGGAGAGAAACCUUACACCUGCAAAGUGUGUGGAAAGUGUUUUACACAUAAAAAUAGCCUUAAUGGCCACAUGAGAAUUCACACUGGUGAGAAACCUUACACCUGUGAGCUGUGUGAGAAGAGUUUCACACGAAAAGAGCACCUUAAUGUCCACAAGAGAAUUCACAGUGAAGAGAAACCUUACACCUGUGAGCUGUGUGAGAAGAGUUUCACACGAAAGGAAGAUCUUGAGAUUCACAUGAGAAUUCACACUGGAGAGAAACCAUUCAUAUGCCCUCAGUGUGGAAAGAGAUUUAAACAGAAAAAUACCCUUAAUGUCCACAUGAGAAUUCACACUGGAGAGAAACCUUACACCUGCAAAUUGUGUGGAAAGUGUUUUACACAGAAAAUUCACCUUAAUGUCCACAUGAGUAUUCACACUGGAGAGAAACCUUUUAUCUGCAAACUCUGUGGAAAGAAUUUCUCACAUAACAUAUACCUAAAGAAUCACAUGAGGAUUCACAACUAGAGAGAAUCCGUUCGCAUGUGGUCAGUGUGGAUAGAGUUUCAGAUAUAAAGAAAGCCUUAAUAAUCACAUUAAGUUUCAUUCAAGAGAGAACAGUUUUAAAUGUCAUCAGUGUGAAAUGAGUUUCACAGAGAGGAAACAUCUUAAGAAUCAUGUUAAAAUUCACGUCUGAGAAAAGCCUUUACUGUGCCAUCUCUGUGGAAAGAGAACUUUGCUCAACUGGAGGAAGCCUCAAGAAACACUUGAGAAUUCGGCUGGUCUCCAUGUUUGGAAACCCAGAGUCCCAGUCAAACGCAGUCAGUCCAGUAUGGGAUGACAACAGCAAAGAAAAUACUAUUUUGAAGAAAGUUUGUACACAAAUUUGAGAUGUGACUAACGGAGUUUAGCAGUGUGCUACAAAUGGAGAAAUUCUGAUGUGAAAUUGUAAACCGAAGAGAUUCUUACAGAUAUGGAAACUCUUUUAAAUAUCUUGAAGGUGAUAACUGAUUAUUAAUUUCAACACUCUAGACAAGGGAUAGGCAAUGAUGGUUCUGGGUACCACUGUCCUGCAGAUUUUAGGUCCAACCCUAAUCAAACACACCUGAACAAGCUAAUUAAAGUCUCCAAAGUUACAAGAGCUACAGGCAGGUAUUGGUUUUUUCAAGGUUUGAGCUAAACUCUGUAGGACAUCGUCACUCCAGGACCACGUUGCCUAUCCCUGAUCUGGACAUAUUCUCUGUGUGGUGUGAAAGACUAUGUCUAGUAAGGUUAUCAUGCAGCUAUUGAAUAAUUGGAUGAUAUUUUGUACUGAAAUUUUAUUUUAUAUAGCCCCCCUCCCAAUUUUAGAAAACUUUUGGGGCAUCAUAAAGAGGAAGAUGCGACAAAGAAGACCUAAGACAGUUGACAUCCAAAGCAGUUUGACCAAUAACAUGUAGGUAUUGUUCAUAAUUGACCAAUUGUGGGGCUGCGCGUGAGAGGGUAUGAACUACAAGGAACGAUCAAAGCUGUGCCAACAUGUGUUUGUUCGGUCGAUUGACUUGAAUCAUUGCUGCACACCAAUCAAAAAAAGACACCAAAGUAGGUUCGAGAGAGCAAAUCGAAAGCAUUAGGAGCGGUCUGCUCUGCUUUCUAUAGCUCACGAAUGUCACACAACUUGGAUAUUUUAGGCACAUGUGGGGCAUCUGGCCACUUUAUUGAGUAUAAACUGCUUACCUGUGCGCCCACUUUCCAGUGAUCACUCCGGUGUAUUCUCCAAGUUCCUGUUUUCCUUGUCAUCCAGUUGUCAUCGUGUGUAUAAGUGCUCCAUGUGUGGUUGUAGCUCCAUGUAGCUUCGCUUUUCUGUUGAAUCUCCAUCUUACUAUCACUCUCUGUUGUCAAAAGUGAUCAAAUAUAAACUUAAUUCCAACCAUAUAUUCGAAAUUAUCUAUCAAACUAAUCUGACCAUUCGCUUUGUAGCCGAUCUGACUCGAACCAGACAAAUUAAAGAGUCGAUCAGGACUGUGGUUGAAACACGAGCCGAAUACCUCAGGAAGUCCUAAAACAUUCUGUGCCACAAGUCCCAAACAAGAUAACCAACCAACCAACUCUGCAUCUUCAGCCAACGCCCAACCACGGGCUUCCCAAGACGUCACUUCAGCGACUACUGAACUUCCAGCCAAUCAGCGACAUCGGAAACCCCCUUUCAACGACAACAAAGGGACACCUUUGCACAGGCUGUCUGUACUGGUGUAUCUAAUAUAAUUUUAACCUCAUUGAGGAACUCAAUGCGAGGGUUAAUUAAGUGAUUGAUGGUUGUUCAUGUCUAUGCAAUUUAACGUAUUGCUGUAAACUUGGGAUUCCACAUUUCCAUUCUCUUAAACUCAUCUUUCCCUAACUUUCGAUUUUCCUGCAACUUGUGUGAAUGUAUGAGUGCGUGCGUUUAUGUGUUAGAUUAGUUUAUGUCUUAGAUUUAUCUAAUAAAGCCUUAUUCAUAUUGAAAAGAGAAGUAUCUUGUGUUUUGUGCUUACAAGUUAAUGUCUUAAAUUGCCGAUCUUGUUACUGUGCUAAUUGAUAUUGUUUUCACUAUAGUUUGGAUAUUAAUAUCCAGUGCAGAUUUGAUGUUAAACGGCUCGUUCAGUGAAUCGCAGGGCGUCUCAGUGAUCAGCCAUGAAACAGUGAUUCUGUUCAAAUUCCCUUUAAAAUCUUAGCUAAAUUGACCUGUUUCCCUUACAGCUUUAAAUUUUACAUUGCAAAUGCUUUGCGCAUACACCGCGUUAGCAUUCGUUAGCUUGUCAUUCACAUUUCCACUCGCGCUUCUAUUCGCAUCUACUACAGUUUUCUUUUCUCUUGCCUCAUUUCUUUUAUCUCACACGCCAUUUUUCAGAAGUUUAUCAAAAAACAUUGGUAAGUCAGAAUCAUUCUUCUUUCUCUGUUGGCAACGAGGGAUUUACAUGUGAUAAAUGCAGAGAAAUAGCAAGGCUUACAGGGAAGAUUUCAGAAUUAGAGACAUGCAUCCAAACUUUAAUUGAGGACAGUAAGAAUGUUAGGGCUCUAGAUACGGCUUUGGAUGCGUCUAGCUCAGGGACUCCUGUACAUUGUUAGGUUACGGAAUCAGAGCCUCUGCAGCAGGGCAACUGGGUGACAGUGAGGCAGCAUAAUCGUGGGUCAAAACACCGCUCUUCUGUUCCGAUCAAAACAUUAAACAAGUUCCCUCCACUCAGUGAUGCACUCACUGAGAAACCUGAUGAAAGUGCUCUAGUUAUUGGUGAUUCUAUUGUACAGAACGUGAAUAUAGAGACACCAGCCACCAUAGUCAAAUGUUUACCAGGAGCCAGAGCGCCUGACAUCUUGGCAAAUUUAAAAGUGCUGGCUAAUGCUAAACAUUAAUACAGUAAGAUAUUCACUAAUGAUGUUCGACUUUUCACCAGUCGGAGAUCACUAAAAAUAACAUUAAACUGUUAACCUGCACCCCGACGCGGGCGUCCUCAAUGCCCCUCAACUCGCAGGUGUCAGUGUUUACGAAUAGAUUAAAUGAAAUGGAACAAAUUUAAUCUUGACAAACUAUUUAUCAUUAUAAAGAUCUAAGCCUCAAGCAUCGAUGACAGAUCGCUGUUUUUGAAUGGAAAGCUUAUAAAGACUGUAUUUGACUAGAUUUGUGUAAGCAGUACACAUCAAAACAUGCACAAUGGAAAUGCAGUACAUACCAGAUUUGUCGUAAUAACGAGUCAGAAACACAUCCACAGCUGUAAAUCCCAGUUUAGUUAGAAAGGUAAGGGUCCACUGAACGACAUCUCAUGGAGCAUGUUUAGUCCAACGAAGCAAUAACAUUGUAAUAUGGAUCAUAAUUCCUUUGUUUACAUUUCAUUUCUUCAGUGACAGAAUUGUUUGCAUCCGUUAUGGAAUAACUCAUGGUCAGAAACUGUAUCUUGGUAGUAAAAAAAACGGCAUGGUUUUGCAGCGUACAGUGUCACAAACAGAAUGAGACAAUCCACUGGAAAAAAGAAUGAAUGAAAGAUUGGCGAAAUGUAGUUUAUUUGAAUUUUGCCGCUCCCUCGUGACGCGCUCUGACGCACCUGUCAGCUGAUGGAUGCAGAACUUAUAGCAAUCGCCUUUUUCUUUGUUUCUUUUCAUUUUUAACAGUUUUUAUAUAUGUGGGAGUGUAUUUUAUGUUGAAUGUGAAUGUAUCUGCAUGAUUACCAUUCUUUUGAGUGCAAAUCAGCCCAAAUCAGCUCGCUAUUACUGUAUGAUCACGGCUAUCAAAGUGAACGCGUCUAUAUGAAUAGAGAGAGUGGAUUAUUUACUUUAUGGCACAUUUGUGUUAUUACCAUCUGUAUAAGUGGCCAUCAGCACAUCAGUGCUUAUUUUCAUUGUAAUUCAUUGUAAAUGCUGAAUUUCUAGCAAUCUCAGGAUGUUCUGUAAUUGGCAAAUAAAGUUAAAUCUUUUUAUUAUUAUUAUUAUUAUUAUUAUUA